AGAACCGCAGGCGCAGUAAACUGACCUUCUCCGGCCUCGUCGCUCGUCCUGGAGCCAGACGAGGACCUUGAAUGUUUUUCAUUUGAGACUCUGUGUUUGUGUUAUUGUACAGACACGAAGCCAUGCCCACAACCGUGGAGGUUCCCUCGCUGCAGGAGCUGAACGUCGAUGAGAUAAAUGUGUCUUCUGCGGUGCUGAAGGCAGCUGCCCACCAUUUUGGCUCCCAAUGUGACAAACCAAACAAGGAGUUCAUGCUCUGUCGUUGGGAGGAAAAGGAUCCCAGAAAAUGUCUAGAUGAAGGGAGAAAAGUCAAUGAGUGCGCACUCAACUUCUUCAGGCAAAUCAAGGGAAACUGUGCCGAGUCCUUCACAGAGUACUGGACCUGUCUGGAUUAUUCAAACUUGGGAGAAUUUCGCCGCUGCCGUCAGAAGCAGCAAGCCUUCGACAGCUGCGUCCUUGAUAAGCUGGGGUGGCAGAGACCUGAGCUGGGAGACCUGUCUAAGGUGACCAAAGUGGCAACCACGCGGGCCCUCCCUGAGAACCCCUACCAUUCUAGACCACGUCCAGAGGCCAACCCACCCAUCGAGGGUAAACUGGAGCCUGCAAAACAUGGCAGCAGGUUAUUCUUCUGGACUUGGUGAGGCAGCUCCUUCCAAAGUCAUGGGCUCUGUCCAAGAACAGCCAGACUUUUUGUGACAGCUGAUACAUUAAUGAUACUUUAAAAGGUUUAAAUCUCUCGGGCGCAGACACCAGCAUUAAGGAUGCUGGUUUUGGCACCUUUGUCUGUGUAUGGUCUGAGGGUUGGUUUUGGACAGGGCUCAUGUCAGCUGUACCUCUAACGUUGUCAGUUUGAUAAAGGAAGGACGGAUGGAUGAUUGUGUGAAUCCAUGCAGCUUUCCUGACCACUUCUGUAAAUUUAAUGAGUGAACAAAUGCAACAUGCUGUUAUUGUUGUUGUGAGAAAAUAAAAAGAUAAAUUAUAA